AUUCCCAACCUCUUUCGAUUUCUUCUUGAUGCCGUUCAGAUGUUGCUUAUUAUUUUAUCACGUCUGUCCCUCUCUAGAGAGAGGCUGCGGACAAUAGGCGACAAACAACACAUCAGACUGGAGUCGAUCUUCCAGAUCUCUCACCAUGCCAAUCACAUCCUACCCAGCCGAGACCAACAGUGGCACCGUCACAUCUUACCUCCCACUCACUACAGCCUGGCCUUCCUCGUCCGGUUGCGCAAGCAUCUACCGCCUCAAUGGGCCCAGUCUCGUCGCCUGGGAUCCGGGGUACGGGCUGGAUGUGAACUCUGACGUUGUUUGCGAUGCCCCAGAGGUAACCACAUGGUGGGAGCAAGGGCUUCUAGAGAAUGGAGGCACACUGCCCACGCGGGUCAGUCUCGGCCCCUUCACCUGUCCUGAAGCGUUCUCAACAAUGAAAUCAUCCGUCAAAGAUGCUUCCAGCACGUUAGUAAUGUGCUGUCCCUCAAAAUAUUACAUCGGCGAUGGGAACACUGCCUUGAUUGACGGGAAUUGUGAGUCGGACGUCUCGUCCGGUAUGGUCUUGACGUACGCUUCGACACCGUCCGGCGAAGCCACCUCAUGGAGAACCGCGACGACCACAUUAACGCGGAGCUGGACUGUCGGUGCGAUUGCUGUGGUCGGAUGGAACAUUCGCUAUGAUGCCGUAACUCCUACAGCCACUGCCACCACCACGAUAGCUUUGAUGACCACUACACCGGAGCUUCCUUCGAGUAUCACUUCCUCUGGAACACUAUCAAUAGCCAGUAACAGCGCGUCGACGUCCACGGCAGGCUCACCCACGGACACCCGCACCCUCUCCACGGGCAUCAAGGUCGGAAUAGGGAUCGGAGCAGGAUUGGGUGUAUUCGGAUUAAUCGCUCUUCUGGCUUCUUUUUAUGUCUUCCGUGGUCGCAAAAGGCAGCAAGCGAUUACCAAAGCUGCUUCGGUGUUGUAUCACGAACAGAGACAGGGUUCGAGGGGAGACUGGCGGCGGACUCAGUGGCCUGUUGAGCUUGACGGAACCAGGGGAGCAGCUGGCGAAGGAUAUAGGUAUCCCGCUGAGCUCGAUGGGUCAAGACAACUGCAUCUUAAAGGAGACAUGUCGCCGGUGGAGUUGAUGGGGUGAUGGUUUCCCAGCUGUGGAGGCAUUCAUGAUUCGCUGAUCGAGUCAACUCUCGCUGUAACUAUUCGGUCAUUAUCUUGCGUGAACGCGUGAAUACGUUGAACAAGUCCCCUAUUUGACCUCAGAAGGUCUUUAUAAGUUGGUACUCGGUUUGGUUCAAUGUUUCGAUUUGCUCC